CUAAAAUACAAUAUGGACGGAGAUAAAGCCUCAGGCCCGUUUAGGGAAACUUUCUACUCAAAGACUUAUAAGAAUUUACUUUAUGAAAAAGAGCACACAAAGCCAAAAAAUAUUAAGGAAUUCGUUAGUACUUUUAAUCAAGACAAUCCAGCUUACCAUGACUUUGGUAAAAAGAUAGAUCAAGGAGUUGUUUCGAGAAGAGCUAUGGAUCAUAGGGAUAAGACAGACUUCUCACAUAGACCAGGAACGAUCACUGGAAAUACUAAGAGGUUACAUUAUGCUACAGAUUCAUUUAAAACUAACUGAAUGCCUAGAGAUGUAGCAAUUACAAAGCCUCAGAGGAAACUACUAUCUAGUGCCAAAACAGACAGAGACCUCAUGGGCUCAAAUAUCCUUCAUCAGGUUAACCAUAAAGAGAGCAAAUCCAUACACGAUAGUUGGAAGGUCCCCGGAAAGCAAGAAAGAGUUAACAGAUACAUGACAUCUUCCUCAGUCAAAGACUGCUUAACGCUCCCAACUGGCUCAGGAGAUAUUGAACCAAAAGCAACUAUCCACGGAUUCGCUAUCCCAAAACAAAGAGAUGUGUGGGCUCCCAAGGCUUAUAGAGCCCAUGCUAAUGCUGGAAACCAAAGAUUUUACAUAGACUAAGUAUACUUCAUUUCUAGAACUGCUUAAAUCAAUCC